AUGUGGCGGUUCGCUCUUAACAGAUCAACAAAUAUCUUCAACAGAAGCCUAAAUAAAUCAGCAACUGUAUUACCUCCUUUAAACUCGCAGUCUAUUCUGGUUUGUUUGCUUUCUGGAGACAUAACUCGCACAGAUUUGUCUUUCAUGUCAAGUCCAGCUAAGAGACUUCGUGCUGAAAACAUGUCAGUUAAAAAAAUCGGAACCCACAACGGAACCUUUCACUGCGACGAGGUUCUGGCCUGUUUCUUCCUCCGCCAGCUGCCCGAGUACAAGGUAGGUCCGGUGAGCUGGAGUUGGGUUUGUUUGGUACCGUACCGGGAGGCUGGGAUAGUCAGAGAUGAGAGGGGUUCUUGUGCUUUUGGUUCCUCACAGUUCUGCUGCUCAAGUGCAUCUAGUUCCUGCUGAUCUGAGUGGUUUGUUCAAACUUGAUUGAUCAUUUAUUGAUCGAUCUUUGCGGAGGAGUUACUAGUAAAAAUCCAUGUGAUUGAUCUGAUGUCAUAUAAAAUAGUCCAGACGGGGGUGCUGUUGUACUGAAGGAUGGAGCUCACUUAUAGAUUGCAUUGAUUUAACCUUGAACAGGUGUAGUUAUUAAUAUGUUUUAUACUUUAGGACAGACUUUCUCAAAAUAAUGGUUCAAUUGGUGGAUCAUCUACCUGUUUUUUUUUUGUUUUUUUUUUAAGUGGAUUGAAAGCUUAUGAAAACCUUAAUUAGACCUAAAUGUACGAUGGCCAAGAACUGCCACUGCUGCAAAUAAAAAAAGAAUGUCCUAAGAAAAAUAAACAUUUUCUUUGUUACACAGGAUGCUGAGAUCAUUCGGACCAGGGACCCAGCUCUACUGUCGGAGUGUGACAUUGUCGUUGAUGUGGGAGGAGAGUUCGACCCAAAGAAGCAUCGCUACGACCAUCAUCAGAGGUACAACAGCAGCAGAAAGCUGCUGCAAAGAAAUUCUUUAGACACUGCAAAAGAUCACAACAGGCCUUUUUUAAUGUGGGAAAUUUAGAGAUACUACAACUGGGAUAAAAUAUUGUUAAAGCAACAUAUUGUCCUCCUGAUUGUGCAUCACAGGUAUCAUAUUGCUGUUGCCAGAUAUUGGUAUUUCACCACUUCAUGACUCCUCAUGUUGGUGUUAAUGACAUGAAUCUUGCUCUUGACCUUGGAGGAGCAUUUUGUUUUUCUAAUUCAGCCAAAUAUCAUGUUGUUUAACUAUAUGAAUGUCUUGUAUUUUCUAAGUUAUCCAAAAAAGAUAUGUUAAUAAUAAAAUUACUGCAGGUCACACUUUAUUAUCCAUGACAUGUCAGAAUAGAAAUUACUCUUUCAUCCCCAUCCUUAAUCCCUAAAGAAACUGAACAGAGAUUUUCUUUCUUCUUGUGUUUGUGCAACUGGACACUGAGUUUCUUGACUUUCAGGUGGAAGUUAAAAUAGAAAGCUUUUUAGAUCAACUGAAGUGACUGGAUAUUAGCCAACAAAUUUGACAAUUGCUUUGAGAUCAAAUGGGUUUGAAAGUGAAUUUUUAAGGGAAAAGGCCCCAAAAUCCCUUGCACUGGCUGUUUCAUCCAUCUUUCCUUCCAUUAUUCCUUCCUUCAUUCCUCUCUGCCUUCUUUCCUUCCUUCCCUUCUUUUUCCCUUCCUUCUUUCCAUCCUUCCUUUCUUCCAACUUUCAAUUUUUCCACCCUAUCUUUCAUCCUUCUUUUCCCUCUUUCUCUUAUCCUUUCACCUCUACAGCCUUUCUUUCUUCCAUCUUUCCUCUUUUAUAAAAUAGAGAUUAUUUGAUCAUUGAUUUAAUGAUUUUUUGCAGCCCUGAUCCAGUUUUUUCAACCUGGAAUUUGAGAAAUAUUUAUCUGUUUGCUGAUAUCUGUUUCAAGACCUCAUUCAGUUGAAAAGCAAAGAACUAUUAGUGACUGCCUUUAUGAACCUGAACUUGAGUUCAUACAAUAAGACUUACUGCUGCUUGAGAACUAUAGUGUCACUAUCUGCUAGUCUUAUCUAUAAAUCAGGAAGGAAAAGGCUGCAUGUUUUUCUCACGCUCCACUUCCUGCCAGGUUCCUUCCACAUGAGUUUGUUCGCUUCAAGUCUCAUCACGUUGAGUAAUCAACCUAUUGCAGAUGUCAUGUCUGCUCAGUGUCCUGAUGAUAAUCAGUGAUAGCUUUUAUGUCCAUGGUGAUAAAGAUAUGCCAGGGCUCUCUUCCUGGCAGGUGGUUAGUGAUAAUUAGUACUCCUUCAAUCGAGCGCCCCCCUGCUGCUGGUUCACGAGGCACGAAGGCUGCCACUGACGCUGUCAGGGGGCAGCAGGAGAGUGUGGCUGUCACUCACGCACUGAUGGGGGCACGAUGAAUGUGAUAGCAGGGAUGGAUGUGAGAGGUGCCUGGGUGCAGGGAGAAGUAAGAGAAGAGCUGACGGGAACAAUUAGUCCUCAUUUUAAUAACACUUCUUCAAACUGUGACAGUGUACAGAUGAAGUUGACAGCAACACAAAAACAUCACAGUGAGAACUGCACAACAGGAGCACGAAAUUAAAUCAUUAAAGGAGUAUUUCAACCAUUUUAGUAUAACAGACUUUGGAAAUCAGAGUGACAUGAAGACGUCAUAUCUGUUUAAUGUGAGGAAAGAGUCAGCAGCUCAGAGUUUGGGAGGUCCCUCUGUCCAUGUGCUGAAGUGUCCUUGGGAAGGACACUUGACCCUAACAUGCUCCCUCUGGCUGUGCCCUGUGGUGUGUGAAUGGCAUCAGUGAAAACUGCCUCUGCCAUUGGUGUGAACAUAAACACCCAUUAAUACCAUGUUAAAGCGCUCUAAAAGGUCAGAAGACUAGAAGUGCUACAUACACAUAGUCCAUUUACCAUUGAACCUCCUCUUUUUUAUUGAUUUAAUCUACUGAGACUGAGUGGUAAAAACACUGAUAUAAAGGUUGGAAAGGUCAGAAGCCAAUCAGCAACAUAGACAAAGUAAAAGGCAAAUAAGACAGCAAAAACUGGAAGUAGAAGAGAAACACAUUUCUGAAAGAGCUGCAUGAUUAACUCCAACUUGGUUGAUAUUAUAAUCUGCACAUUUGGAACUGAUGCAUUGAAAAAUCAGGAUUAAUCACAACAAAUUAAAAAAAUAUAUACAGUAUGUUCAUGUAAGCCAUGUAUAGAGAUCUGGGGCAUUUUCAAUCCUUUCAUGACAUUUUUAUUGAAACUAAAAAAGAUCUGCUGACACUUUAAAGCUCUUGUUAGGAACUUUGGUCUGCAAUCAUUUUGGUGAUUCUCGUAAACAAAACACUUCCCUUCUUUGCUGAUCUUGUCCUAAAUGUGUAAAAAAUGUUUUAUAAUUCAAAAUCUUAUUCAAACCUAUCGCUCACUGCGCACCCUCGUCAUGAUAGAUACAGAAAGCUGCUCUUUCUGGAGUAUGCUAUAAAUCACUUUUUCUGACACCUGCCCCUCAGCAGCAGUUUUUAGCAGUGAAAAUAACAGAAGAGUGACCAGUCCUGCUGCUGAUGGCUUUGUUUACCUUUACAGCUCAUGAAGAAGCAUCGGUUUCAUUUUAAGGCUGUCUCAUAACUAACUAAAACCUCCUCACGGUAGCUUGAAUGCAUGUUUUAUGACUUUUAUGACUAUUAACCCUGAAGUUAACCAGCUCAGACUACAGGAAGUUACUGUGCCUUUACAAAGAUGAUAUUCUGCUUUUAAUGAUCUAUCAAACAUGAAUCUAUCCUCAAGUCUUCAUGCAGAGCAAAACUAACCAUAGUGUCUCCAACUUCAUAUUAACCUGACAAAAUGAGCACUCUGGAAAAAGAGAAUCAGACUGUAUUCUGACAAGUUAAAUGACCUCUUCAAGUCAGGAUAAAGAAACCUUUGUUGAGGAUACUGCAUUUUUCCUAAACCACCAUCUGUGAAUUUUUUAAAAGCGUCUUAAACAGGAAAAAAACAGUCAUAGAUGAGGAGUAGAAGAGGAGAUAUGAGGAAAGAUCAGAGCUUAUCAGGUCACAACAUAUGAGAUCAGGAAGGGAUUAAGUUUGAAAAUUACGCUCGAUUCAAGACUCUGACUUGACAGACUCAGAAUCAUAAUAAAAUAGUUUUAUAAGGUUAGCUCUCUGUUUCUUGCAGAAGCACACUCUGGUGGCAGUGUAUCAAAGGAAAUGUUGGGCUCAUUAUUCCAGGUACGCUUAUGUAAAUGGAAAGUUAUUUGUUGUUAUUUUGCCAAAAUAUUUCAAACUUUUUCUUUUUAUCUUCUCAUUACCAUGACUCAGUUUUUUUUGUGUUAAGUGCCAUUUUUCUCAGAUUCGUACCAUCUCGAUUUCCAUAAAAACACUUUGAUGACUUCCUCAGGGAACGUAUCUUUUCCAGCAUCUCUCUGUGUCAUUUUCCUCUCACUCAUUCACUCCAGUGUCCCGAUAAUCAGCAUAGAAAUGCCUCAGCUUGGCCAAUUAGCCCUCUAAUGGCUGUGAUUACCCCCCGCUUCCCUUGCAUGUCAUUCAUUCAUUUGACGGUCGGUUUUCCGCUGUGCUGCAGCCCAAGCAUCCUAAUUAGGCCUAAAUUAAAUGACCAGCAGUGGCUGGGUGCUGGAGCCCACCCUUCUCAGCACGUGGCUGUAGAGAGACCUCCGGUGGCUUUUAUGUAUGUGCCUGCACGCUCACAAACACACACCAGAGCGUGAUUUCUUUUUCUAGUCCAUGCAAACUCUCCCUCCCUCUCUCUCUCGUUCUCGUUCUCUAUAGCUGAGGAUGAGACUAGUGGGCUUAUGUCUGUUUUAUUGGUAUCUGUUACAUACGCAUUAACGUGCAGCAUGUAUGAAUGACAUUUUACAGAAAAAGUCCAGUUAUUGGAAAAUGUGCAAGUUGCUCAAUAACAUUUUAUCCCUGAAGCAUCAUCCACUGUGUUUCUCAGUGUAAACAUCAAUAUGAGAAGACUUCUGUGUCCUCAGUAUGAAGCAUGGCUCCUCGAGCUGAACGAGAACGCAGCUGUGACACAUGACAUCAAAUAAGUUUAUUAUCUCCGCUCAUAAUUAGAUUUUAAUGGAUUAUUUUCACUCGGCAAACUGUGAAAAGCUCCCCGUGCUCUUAGAUUUGUUUAGGGUGAAAAUUAGUCAUGCAGCCAUUAUCUUCUCAGAGAUGAUAUGAUCAGUGAUCCAGUCAGAUUCAUUCAAAGUGGGAGUAAUGAUCCCAAUCAUCACCCUUCAGAUAAACUGUUAUUUGAUUUUUCACGUUUUUUCGAGUUCAUUAAAAUAAACUGAAUUAAAUCAUGUGUUUGACAGAUCUGGGGUGAUCAGUUUAUCAUUUAGACUCCAGGCAGAAAAACGAUUGUGGUCAUUUUGAUUAUUAAUUAAUGUAUUUGUAAUUUCCCCCCAUUAAUCUCUGGUGUAUAAAAUAAAAACAAACUAGGAUUUUGCUGCUACUACCGUGUUAAAUGUCCGCUGCCUUAACGCUAUACUGCUCGACUACCUGACUGGAAAAGAAAACACAGAUGACAAAUGGCUUCUCGUUGCACAGAGUUGAACAAUGGUCUAGAAAAUGGAUAAAAAGUUUUAUGGCGUUUUUGGUGGAACUAACAUUUGACCACCUCGCCACAGCAAAGCAACCAGCACAGGCAUGAGGGCGUUAACCUACAAAACUGACUGUAGCUAGUGGUGCUAGCUCUGCUAAUAUUUGGCAAACCCAUCUUUGUGGCAGACUCUGUGAUGAAUGUGUGAAUUGAUUGACUCUAUUCUGACAGUUUAUUUUUUUUUAUUUAUUUAUUUUUUUUACUUCGACCAGUCCACCGGUCAGAAUGUAAAUUUAUGUUUUAACAACUUCUAAAUUAGAUUAUUUUAAAAGGGAUAUUCCGGCGUAAAAUUGAUUUAGGGUCAAACACAUCAUAACACCAAGUUAGACACCCCCUCAAGAGAUGAAUGUUGCCGACUGCUUGCUUCUCUAGUUAUACCAACUUCAGACGUAGACCGCACAAUAGCAAUACACAGCGGUUUAUGUCUCCACACGCAAACCUCAACCAAAACGCCACUCUGUAGUCACAAAUUAUGCUCAGAACAGCACCUAACUUCAUCAACAAUACUAGCCACCAAACAUCUUUUUAGCUUUGCCUGAUUUCUUUAGCAAAGAGACUAAACACAACUCACCUACUCUCUUCCAGCAGCCGCUUGUUUCUGGGGGAGCCCUGACGAGUCGCUCACCGAGUGCAGCGGAGUUUCGCAGCUCAAGGAAAAACAUUUAUGUUUUUUACUUCAUGGAAAUGCAAUCAGAGUUCUUGUGUAUCUUGUAUUUGCUUUGCAGUUGCCGUUUUUCUUCUGCCUUAGUGUCCCAGUCUGAUUGCAUUUCCAUGAAGUAAUGAUCAUAAAUUUUCUGCCACACUCUGUGAUUGACUCAUCAGGGCUUACCUGAUUUACUUCGUAGAAAUGGUCAGUCUGGCUGGUUAUGGUCUAUUUUCCUCUAAUAGGUCAUUAAAGGUGUCAGUAUUAACUUAAGUAUGUUUCAAACCAUCUUUAAACUCUUCACAUGAGCUUUAAUGUCUCCAGCUAGAGCUCGUUCAAUGUAAAGAUUUUAAAUGAAAAUGUAAAUUCUCUGUUUUAUGAACAAACAAGCUACUUGCAUUGCGAUUCUGGGUAAGGAUGCAUGAAGUUGAAGGCAUCUGCUGACAACAUUGUUCAUAGGAGAAAUCAUAGAUUAACAGAAUGUGUUUCCCCUAUUCAGGACUUUUUCAGAGAGCUAUCACAGCCUGUGUCCGGAGAAGCCAUGGGUGACUAAGCUCAGCUCAGCAGGUCUGGUCUAUCUCCACUUCGGUCGUCAGCUGCUGGCCCAGCUGACGCAGCUGAAGGAGGACAACAGGCAGCUGGAGGUGCUCUAUGACAAGGUGAGAGGAAGAGGAGGAGGACAGAUUUAUAGCAGGCAGGGAAUUAGCUUCUAUUGUGUUUUAGUCACAACACAAACGCUUCAGUGGAAACAGAUGGUUUCCCCCUCACCUCACUCACAUAGCUGGGGUUGGACCUCGUCCUUGGUGUCUUUUGCACCUACCUCAAAGCAGAAAAGGGUGCACACCAGAAAAAGUGGAUUACUUCAUCUCAAACCAGGGAGAGGGAAAAGUUGAAUUUAGAAGAUACUGGUCAUGUUUGGUGAUUUUUCACUGCUAACACAGCGUAUUUAUGUCUUCUGCUGUGAAAAGAUGGAACAUGUGAUGGAUUUUCCAUUAGAGUACUUGUGUGUAAAGGAAGGUUAUAAUUAUGAAAAAGCUUUCUUUCCAGCAUUGAUUUAUAAAUUAUUACCUACGUGCUGAGCUCAUACUCGCACUUCAACCUUUCGCAAUUCAGACCAGACAUUGUAUAACUGACUACAUUUUAAUCAGGAUUUUACUCAUUAUCAAAAUGCUAAAUGGACUGUUCUUAAUAACUGUCUUGUUUUGCAUUUACCCGACUGUUGGCAGAGGGUGUUUUAUAAAGUGCUAAUCAGUAUGAACUGCAGCCCAGCAACCCUGAGAGUGUGCAAGUGAAAAAAAACGCUGCAUUGUUUCUGUAACCUGGGACACAGUCUCUUAAAUUGGCUCCUGUGGUGACAUACCGUAACAACAGGAAUGAGUUGCAUAGGUAUGCAAGCAAGACCAGUUUAGCUUCCUUCCUUCUGUGCUACUUUGGUGUUGCAGAGUUUAUUCACACAUGAAAGGCAAGAAAAUAGGAAUAACAUUCAGAUUUGGCGUGGGUUCUUCUGGUGCGCUCACCAUAUUGGUGUUUGCAUCUGUCUGCACUUGGCUGUACCCUCCUACUUCAGACAACACUCAGGCAGACAAUCAGUGCUGCACCUCAUUAUCACUAUUAACAAUACUGGACAUUUAUUCAUCUUUAAAUUAGGGCUGGGCGAUAUGGGAAAAAGUUUAUCACGGUAUAUUUUUUCAUAUCAGUCAAUAUCGAUAUUUAUCACGAUAUAAAAAAUGAAAUUGAACAAUGUUUAUUGGUAGCAUGUCUUUUGCAAUACAGUAAACUACUGCAUCUGUGAGGUCUUUGUGUCUCUUUGACGUUUUGUCAAAAAGGUGCUGCAGAAUGGUCGGCUGUUUCGGCUGCACAGGCGCCAUGGGCUCCUUGCUCCACUCGGGGUUUUAUAAACGUUUGCAUUGUGCGACACCGCUUCAGGUGUUGAAAAAGAUUAGAGUUAUUCCCCGUCUUUGAGAUACAUGUACUCGACAUAAUUUGCAGCGCACAUUUUUCUGCUUCAUGUCCAACUUAAAAAAAACAAAAUACCUUCAUCGUCAUUUCUGUCGGGGGUAGCACUUAUUUUCUUGGAAGCGCUGUGGUUGUGUGUAGCUGCAGCCUGCUACUACGCAGUUCUUUGCUUUUGGUUCUAAUUCAGCACAUGAUUGGUUCAGCUCGGCGCAGACCCAAAGCAACUCCCUUUUUCAUUGGCUAUGCAUGUAGUUUACCAAAACAUGGCAAAAUGCCGACUAUCAAAAAGCAUAUCGACCAUGUUUCUUCUCGAUAUUGAGGGAAACUAAUUUUAAAUAUAUAUCACUAUCGUUUUCUUACCCAGCCCAAAUUCAUUUUUGCUUUUUGCUUUUUUUUUUUUUCAGACAGUUGGCUGUGAAAUGUGAUGAGACAUAAAAGCAGAAAAACAGGACUGUGGAAAUGUUCCUCUGCAGUUAUAUUUAAAGCAGACAUCCAGAUCAGCCGGAAGUGUCAGCAACCGAAACAUUUUGACAUUCAGGGACACACAACCUACUUAAACCUAGGGGACUUGAAUCAUUAGCCCUUUGUUAGCCGGCUCUAUCUCUGACCUCUCAGUGUGUCCAUCUGUUUAAAACCCAUGUAAUCCUUUUGUUAAUGGCUGGGGAUUUUAAAUAUAUAGAUGUCUCCGUCUUCUCGAAGUUCAGCCAAACUCGCCCUCCAUCUUUUCCCCCAAAACUUCGUUCCACUUGUAAGCUACUUGUUAAAUGUCAACUCUUUGGUGAUUGACCUUCUACUGUACUUAGGAUUUUCUCAGCACUAGAAAAAGACUCAACUUCUCCACUCUCCCACUUCAGUUCAGAACUUUUCCAGUGUAGAAAAGCUGCAGUUUUUCUUGUCUAUUUGGUUUAAUAAUCCAGUUUUUCACUUAAGCUUUCUCUAACUGCCCUCUGACUACAUAGACUUCAAUCAGAAUAAUGUUGUCAAAGUCAAUCGCUCAUCUAACUUAACUUCCGUGUCUUGAUCAGCGGCACAUUUCGUCUCAUGUCAUUCCAGUAUUGCCCUCCCCUGUCACAUGUUUUCUUUCUUUCGUACAGCUGUAUGAGAACUUCGUGGAGGAGGUGGAUGCUGUAGACAACGGCAUCUCGCAGUGCGACGGGGAGGCCCGCUACUCCGUCUCCACCACGCUGAGCUCACGUGUGGGCCACCUGAACCCACGUUGGAACAGCAAGAGUCAGGACACCGAGGUGAGGAGGCAUGUGUGAGCGUGCAUGAACAGCGCCUAGUCUGCUGCCGCAUGACUGUUGUAUAUCAGACAGAGAGGAGGAGUGACGGUUCAUGUUUGUAAAUUAUAUUUGAUUUUGUAUUGUGUAUAUUUGGUUUGUAAAGACCAUAACGUACUUUGCAACUGUGAAUGAAAAAAAAAUGUCUGAAAGGUUAAAGAUAAUUUCCCUAAUUAACUCCAGGGUCGAGUUUGGCAAAAAAAGGAUUAUUUUGAGAGCUGGUUCUUGAACCACUUUCCAUGAACCAAUCCCAUUUUUUAGUUUUAAUAACUGGUGAGAUGAAGAAACCAUCAUAGCCACAUAAACACAGAAAUUCACACUUUUCUUUAACUUUAAUCCUCCUCUUUGGCCAGGGGCUUCUCUCAGAAAUACACACUAAUGAAGGAUAUUUCUAAAAAGUUUUUUUUUCACAUUAAGUCAAGCCAAGAAACACUCAGAUACUUAAACACAUAGUUAGAGUUUCUGUGACUUUGUAUUUUUGGUUGAUUUUGGCGCCCUCCUGUGGACAAAGUGGUGCCCUUUACCUUUUGGCUCAUUUUGUCUUCCACAUGAGAUUAUGAUCACAAAAAAACACCUGGCUUUAUUUUAACAUUUCACAUAACUCUGACAUGGAAAACAUUUAAAAAAAAUCUAUAUUAGCAGCAUGUAUUUAAACACUACAAGAAUUUAAUUUCAUUAAAGGUCAUCUCGCCAAACCAUUUUACAUUAUUGCAGUAUCUCCCUUUUUAUGCGCGUCAUUGUCAUCAGAGGCUGACCCGCUGCUCUUGCUUUCAGACAUGUUUGUGUCAAGGCUUGAUUGAUAACAAAGGUUAAUGAACAGCUUGAGUGCGUAACCACAUCAGUUUGAGAGUGUGAUUGAGAUUCCGGCCAGGAUCAGCAUUAAUCAUUCCAGUUGAACACUCAAUCUCAAAUCUUAAUUCUCUUCUAACAGCUUGAAAAAUGUGAGUUUCUCUACUUUUUCGUGACAGUAAACUACCACCAGAUUUUGGACAAAACCAGAUAUUGAGGAAUUGAUGAGACUGUUGAGAAAAAUACUUGCAGUUAACACAAACAAAUCACGUAAUCAUGAAAAGACCUGACAGAUUCACUGACACUGAUGUUGAUUUGUAGUUUAUGUCCCAUUUGGAAAACAUUUAGGUCAUGUGCGGAGGUGACAUCACCCACUGAAUAUCAGCAUCACAAGGUGUAGCUCACACCUCCUGUGAUUGGAAGAAGGUGUGAGGAAGGUGAGGCGUCAGGUUGUCUGAAGGAAAGUAUACAUCCUGACACUGGAGGCUAAAGCACGCUAACUGAACCUUUUCUAUGUGCGAACAACUGAGCUGCAGCAGGAUUUACAACCAUGAUGCCCCUCUAUUUAUCAGUGAUUGUUUUCACAUUAGUGGGAUGGAAGUUCUACCUUUAGUAUUACUCUGUUUAUUAGGAACACAAAAUAUAAAAUAUAUGGAUGCCUUAUUAUUUUCUCAUUAUUAUUAUGCUCCAUUUGUAUCUACAUUUUUAUUUAUUUUAAUUUCCCUGAGGAAAUCUUCCCAAAAGGAUCCAUAGAGUUCUAUCUAAUUUAAUCUGAACAUAUAAAAUUAGUACGCACAGAGGUUUCUUUCGGCGACUGUUGAGCAUGUAUAACAGAGAAGAAAUAAAUUAACGAACAAAACAAAACAAAAACAUUACAAAUGAUAAUCUUUUUAUCUUCCUGAGGCUAAAAAAUGACCGCUCAUUUUGAUAUUGAUGAAUAAAUUGUUUGUUUAUUCCCAAAGGUCAAGCAGACGUCUCAGAAAUGAUUUCAUGUUGUUAUCAGUCCAACCAUCACCCAAACACAUCAACCAGACAAAGUAUACAAAAAGCGCAACCAGUGAGGCUGGUACAAGCUGUUUAGUUUGAUUAAAGGGCUAAUCCAACGUAAAUUUAAGUUAGGGUCAAACACACCGUAACACCGAGUUAGACACCCGCUCGAGAGAUGAAUGUUGCAGACUGAUUGCUUCUCUAGUUAUACCAACUUCAUGAACGACCGCUCAUCAGCAAUACACAGCGGUUUAGGUCUUCACGCGCAAACCUCAACCAAAAAGUCACUCUAUAUCCACAAAUAAUGCUCAGAACAGCACCUAACUUUAUCAACAGUACAUAUAGGGUCCCAGCCAUAGUACUAGCCAUCAAACAUCUGCUUCCACUCUCCUCCAGCAGUUGUUUGUCGGGGAACCCCGACUAGUUGAUCGCCAAGUGCAGUGGAGUUUCGCAGCUCAAGGAAGAACAUUUAUGAUUAUUAGUUCAUGGAAAUGCAAUCAGACUGAGACGCUAAGGCAGAAGAACUACCGCGUCUGCAGUUAAAAUGAUUAUUGUGAUGAUUUUUACUCACUUGUUAUGCUGGUACUAGCUGUUUAGUUUAUCGUCCAAAAAUGACGUAGUCGCUGAUUAAUUCUUUGAUUCAACCUUUUUGGUUUUGGCUUUAUUUCAAUAUGGUCCUGAAAAGAUAUAAAACCUUUAUACUAAGAGAUCUUUCAACCUCAAAUCACAUCGGUACAAACUAAUUCAGAUAAAUAUCCUUUUUGGAAAUGCUCUAUUAAAGAGCAAAGUAACAAUGACAGAAUGAUGACUCAGUUAACCUUUUAGUUGAUGACUCACUGAGCAUGGGUAAGCCCUGACCCUUCUGUUUUCUUACCCCUUGAUAUUUAACAGAGAGGUUUUUCCACUGUGGGAAACCUGGAGGGAAGCUUUUGGCAACAUCAUGUAAAAAAGAAACAGCCGCCGCUUUCUGAACCUCUGCAGCAUGUUGACAGAGAGUCUGGUGGAGAGUUCGUUUUGCGUGUUGGUCAUGUGCCUUGCGUGCUUUUUAUUGAUUUACCUCUUCAUGUUGUGAUCAUUCAGCUGGUUCUGGGAUUCACCCAUUUGGUUCAGCCUCUAUGUCUCUUUACCAUAGACUGUAUAAAAGGCAGUAGUCAAGCUGGUGACCACCUCUGUCAGCUAAGAUGCAGACCAACCCGUCCAAUUAUCUCCUAAAUAACAGUUCCACCUCUUCAGCUGUUUACCACUCUCUACCUGCUGGCAGAAGACAUAGAUCCACUUAUCGACAGAGCGCUCACUAACACACAAGCCCAGAUCCACAACACAGAACACUAAUUCCAGUGAGUUAAGCUCUAGCUUUACUCUGGCUUAAUUCAGUGUCAUGAAACUGAAAAAGAAACCGAUUUUCUUGUGAUCUACUCGUAAUUGAUCGGUCUGUAGUUUGAGGAAUGAUCGACGCCUUUGAUUAUGAUUUGUUCUUCAACUGUUGGGGUGAGAGUGAGGAAUCAAAUUCAUGGCCACUAGAGAUGGGCGAUAAAUUAUCAUUCACGAUAUAUCAUCAGAAAAAAAUCCUCUGUGAUAAAUAUUUGCCAUCUCAUGAUAACUACGAUAAAUGCAAGUUGAUGACGUAAGCGCAAGUGACGAACUCGCAGCCAUAGCCCACACAUAGUAGAAUAACAAACAAACAUGGCUGAAGGUAAUGAAGGAGAUGUUUCUGAGCAGAUUUUUGAGCCUAUUGUACCACAUAAAAUUGGUCAGUAAGCACAACAAGUAAUCAUACAUAAAGCACGCUGAAUUAUAAGGCACAGUGUCAAUUUUUGAGGAAAUUUAAGGAUUUUACGUUCACUUCAUAGUCCGAAAAAUAUGGUAGAUUGGGAUUCAAUAUUUUUUAUUAGGACUUUUAUCGUUAUCGCCAGAAUGGCAAAUCUUAUCGUGAUAGAUUUUUCAGCCCAGAUCGCCCGUCCCUAAUGGCCACUAUGAUGAGGAUUAUAGCCGCUGUUUAUUCGCACCAUGCUUUAACCACCGAGCUGAACAGGCCCUCCCAGUAUCGGGUCAUUUUUAAGAAUCACUCAGAAAAACAGCAGAAGUCCAGCGGUGACCUGGUGUGGCUUUCUUGUCUCUAAUUAGUUCAGGAGGGGAAAUCCUGCAGGGAAACAGCUCCUGUUUUCUGCAGACUCUCAUGAGACACCUGCAGGCGAGCUCUGCAUACACUGAAUGUUUACAAGCUCUUUUUUUUUUCUUCCACUGUCGGGUUUGUCUCUGCGGAGGAGCUCACUUAUUUGUUUUCUCACAUUUCACCUCACAUGAAUUGUAAUUCUUGUCCAGGAACUUUCUCUCGAUUUCUUCACAACCUUGGCGUGCGAACGGGGCCUCAGAUACCACCAAGGCUUUUAUUAAAAACUAUUUAACAGGGGGCUUGAAGCUAGACUAACCCAGGGAUCUCUCUGCACUGGCUGUUGAUAAUAAUUGAAAAAACCUGAGUGGAUUUCAUCCUCUACAUACACAUGUUUAAAAUUUCAGACACUGUCCCUGCCUCAAUCAGAUGCAACAGAUUUAACUUGGACCUAAAAUGCGUAACAUGCAUGUGUGCUGGUGUUUGUUAGAUAUUUAGGCGCUCAUGUUUUUCCCUCAUCAUGCUCUUAAAACUCUGCUGGUGAGGUCAGUUCAGGGUUUGUACAGAAAGCUGAAAAAGAAUGUGGAGCAGAGAUUAUUAAGGUCAUGAUCGCUAAAAGACUUGAUUGCCCUCAGUUUAUGCAGCACACAGAAUCCCUCCUUGUUUUUGACGCACUGAAUUCACAUUCAAACAGCCUAAAUGAGAUUAAAGGAGCUUGAGAAAUGUACUUAUUAUUUUGUGAAUCAAUGUGAAUCUGUGUGUCAGUUGACAGCAGCAUGCAUGUGUACCUUGUCUUCCCCAGGAAGGUUUCAAAAAGGCCAUGAAGAUGGUCGGGGAGGAGUUCCUGGAUCGUCUGGAUUUCUAUCGGUCGUCCUGGUUACCGGCUCGAGAGGUGGUAGAGAAGGCUAUUAAAGAGCGGAAUCAGGUAAAAAAAAUGGACAAAAACACUCAACAGGAAAUUUUAUUAUAUAUUCUAACCUGUAAAUUUUAACACAGCACCUGAGUUCUGAAUGACGAAAUAAUUUUUCUACCUUAAAGUCCAACUCUAAUGUAUUUUUUUACUACUUAAAGUCAUUAUGAAGUUUUUAGCCAAAAUCAUGUAACCUGUGUCAUUUUCAGGGGCUUUUCUUGGGCAGGUUAGAAUAGGAUAUAUAAUAGGAGCUAUUCAGCUCUCAGACACUAAUGUCUUAAGGGACAUGAUGAACGAUAAUAUCAUAAUUAGCUUUCUUACUAUUAUUGAUGUAUACCAUUAGUCACUGCCGGACUAGUCUUUGUGGGGUCAAUUAAAAAUUACAAUCAAUUACAGUGCAAUUUAAAGAUUAACAAGCAAAACCUAAUAAAAAACAAUAUAAAUUUAAGAACAGAUAUUAUCAAUAUAUUCACAAAUCUACCAGAAGAAAAAGAAAAACGACAACUAUUGUCCUAAAUGACAAGCAAAACUAAAUAGAGCUCAUAAAGCCCGCCUCCUCUAAACAAUUGAGACAGGAUGUUAAACAUGGUGUCUAUCAAUCUUGCAGUAUUAUUUAUCUGAUUGACAAAGUACAUCCAAAUCAACACAAUAACCUGUUUAUCUGAGGGAUUAUCUCCUGUUUUAGCUGUAAGAGCUCUGAUUUGCUGACAGGAUGUGAAAUCUAUUCCUCAACUCCACCGACCAGAUUACUUCUUCUAACCGUGUUUUGGUUCUACCAGCACAUUAUGUCAGCGCACUCCGAGGAGGUAAUUAAGCUUCAUUUGUUACAAUCGGAGGAUGGUGGCACUUCAUCCAUUUUCAUACGCAGUCAGUGGCCUAUUAAGUCUUUAUUUUUCACUCGAAGAAUGAACAGGAUAGUGACUGUAAAGAGAGAGCUACGGUGGCCCUGAGGUGCAAAACACAAUGACAAAUAAGAAAACAAAAUGACAUUAACCAUUGUGUUUUCUCUUUUUUGUGUUGCGUUUUCUGAUUUGCCGUUGUGUUUUGCACCUCAGGGCCACCGUAGUACAAGAACAAAUAAUCCUGUGAAGUUGCAAGUCGACAAAAAAUCAUCUUACAUUUUAAAUUGCACUUGCAAAUUUAAGGAAAGUGACACCAACUGAGUGUUUUGUUGGCGUGAAAAUAACCUCUAACUUUCCUUCUGAAAGUGUCACUUUUGGUUUUGAAACAGGUUAAAGAUUUGUGGUAUUAGGGAUUUAAUUUUUAACUUUUUGAGCUAAAUUUUUUUGUUUUUGUGAGUAACUUUUUUUGCAAAACACACUCUUUUUAUCCAUCUAAUCUAUACCCAAGUUUAUUAUUAUCACACACCCCGAUAGUUUCAAUUGUUAUAAGAGUCUUGAUUAUUAAACUUAAAGAUCAAGCAAUUACUCUCUCCUUCUUGUCCUCAUUUAUCAGAAAACUGCAACUGUGUCCUCUCUAUUAAAACUCGCACGCCUCCACUCGUCGUGUCUAACCUUUAUCUCGCCAAUUAGCGACACACACUUUCCUCUCUCUGUUUCCAGGUGGAUCCCAGUGGGGAGGUGGUGUUGUUCUCCCAGGGCGGCUGUCCCUGGAAGGAGCAUCUCUUCUCUCUGGAGAAGGAGCUCCAAGUAGAGACACCAAUCAAGUUUAUCCUUUACCCCGACCAGAACGGACAGUGGAGGGUCCAGUGUGUCCCGGCUGGACUCAACACCUUCCAGAACAGGUACAGAGUCACAAAGCCUGUUUUUUAUUUCUGUUUUAUUUGAUAGGUAAUGUUAAGGUUACGUAGUUUGGCGUCCUAAGGUUCGGUUUGUGAUUUCAUGUACAAUAUGGAGCACCUUGCAUGAGCUACUUUUAGAGAAACCAAACAGGAAGAACUUGCAGAGAUGAUGUGACACUGACUCACACACAGGAAAAUCCCCCAGACUGGAUUCUUUUAGACCUCGGAGGUAAACACACUGACAGGCGCAGAUCUCUCAGAGUCUCCCAGAUGUGCUGAAUUGAGUCGAGCUGAGAACAACCUCGGUGUGUGAUUUAACUUUCGCGCUCAUCGGACCAUUUGACAGCCACUCAGGGAGGGCUGAUGUGUCAUCCAGAGAGAGAGGAAGUAGCUCCUGGGCGGAUAGAUGUCUUGUUUUGGAGGGUGAGGAUGAUCAUUUAGUUAAAGCAGCUGUUGUGUCUCAAGCUGCUCACUUAGGGGUUCAAAAGGAUGUAAACAGACCGAACACUCGGACGGAGACACCUGAGCCUUUGUAUCCAUGCCCACACUUCUCACUUAGAUGUUUCUUUUGUGUUCUCCAUGCAAAUGCACCCUCCACUCAAAUACAGCAAACAGGCAGGGAUGCAGCAAGAGCAGGUGUGUUGUCAGUCCUAUUUAAUAAGUAUAAAAGCACUCAGAAUGAAUGGUUUAGAGGCUCCUGCGUUCAGAAGUAAUCAUCUCACAUCACUUAUCAAGGCAAAAGUCUGCUGCUUAUUUCUGCUCCCUGAACCUGCUCAAAAUGGGCACCGCAGUUCUUUUAGAUGUACUAAAUCACUAAAAGAAGUUCACUAAAAAGAUUCGUUCACUGAAUCAUUCAGCGCUUGUCAGGAGAAGCCUGCGACUCUGACUUCCUGACCUGAUACACAGAUAAACGUUUCAGGAUUCAGUUCAGAUCACAGCUUCUCGGACCAUGAGACGAGAGUGUUUGGCUGUGUUGCAAGUUUGUAAAAAUGAAGUUGUUUACAAAUCAUGAUGUUUUAAGUGUCCUGUCCAAUGGUAUGCUAUUUAUCUACUCGGUAAAUUGGGCUCAGUGAGUGAUUUGUUCACCGAACAUUUACCCCACAGUACAUUCAGUGAGGAAUUCACACCGAACAUGCACCGUUCCCUCGCAAAUUUCCGCCAUGAUAGGAUCAGACAGUCACGCAUUUCUCAAACUGCGGGUUUUACUUGUUUGGGAAGGAACAAAACACUUGAGGAAGUGAUUCGGUCAGUACGUUCAAGAUUGAAUGAAUCAUUCAUGAAAGACACAACACUACAAAACAGGAGAGGUCAGGUCAGUCCAAACACAGCAGCAUCAUCAUCUGCAAACAUUUGGUAGUUUUGGCGCUGUGGGCAGAUGAUAAGACCUGCUUCAAAGUGGAAAUCAGACUCUAAAAUUCUCCUACAGACUUAAAGACCUUGAUUUACAAAUAAAAUGCUGAAUUUAUUUUCAUCUGAGAUUCAAACUUUGGACCUCAGAACUAAGAGGUAAGAGGCUUCUGGUGUUUUCAGAAGUAUUUUGAUAUCUUCCUUCUUGAUGACGUCCAUGCAUGGUUGUCUUGGAUACACUGACACCAGCCUCAGUCCACACCUGUGACGUUCUCCAAAGUUUUGUAGUCAUCUUUUUCUGACUCUUUUCGAGGCUGUGGCCAUCUCAGUUACUUGUACACAGAGCUCAAACUUUACUUUUAGUGUUCAUAGUGUCAGGUUUACUCUGUAUAAAAAAUGAAAUGUGUUGUCUGACAGUGUUUAACUUCCCAAAAGUCUGUUAAUUUAGUUUCAAGGCUCAAAUUCUUGGACACUCUGAGUUCUUAACAUUUUUAAACUAUUACAAACCAUGUAGUGAGUCAGCAUUUCUAUAAAAGUUAAAGGUAUUUAAUUUCUCAAAGUUUUAUUCCAUCGAUAAAAGCUAUUUAUUUUUCUCAGGAUAGGCUUAUAUAUUUUUCCUUCUCCUAUUUUUUUGAGGGUUUUGUACUCUUUAUGGCCUCUGCACUCUGAAUCACUUUAAAUUGUCUUUCCUAUCCUCGUUGUGCGCACACUCUCCGCUGCUGUUUUUAGAAGCCUUUCAGCAUCUUUUAGCAGUAAUGAGGUCCCUCAAACCCACAAGCUCAGCUCUUACACCUAAGUUGCCUCAUCCAUACUCAUUAAAUCAUCUCUGUCUUGGUGUCUUUUUUCCUGCACUCCCUAAAUAAUGACAAGACAAAGGCCGUCUUUGUGAAUUUGUCAGAUGAUUAACAUCUCUAAAGUCUGUGUUGGUUACCUCUGGAGGAAGAUUGUUUACCUGAGGAGCCUCUUGAACUGGAGCUCACAAUACGUCUUUAGUACCGUCAUCAGCAUCCCCACCGGGCUUCUUUCGUUGGUGUGUUGCUUGCAUGCAAAUCCCAGCAUGCAGCACACAUGGUCAAUGUAUAGCCAGGGAAAACAAACAAUCUUCAUGUCCCACUGUGGCUUUGUCCUCCUUUCUGCUCGGUUAUUGUACUUAAAAUUAUUUCCGUUUAAUAUUUCACCUCAUACUGAGUAGACUUCAGCUAUUGGCAGGUAUUUUUAAAUACUCUAUUGGUCACAGAUUAACAUGGAGUAAUGGCAGCUUUUCUGAGCUGUAGAGAAUAAAAGUCUUAUGAAGGAUGGGUUUAGUAAUAGGGAUGCACUGAUUCACAUUUUUCACAUCCAACCUGAUCUCGAUUCCUGAAUUUGAAUAUCUGCUGAUACUGAUACUCUCUGAUACCGGAGCUCUGUUAGCUUUACCAUCAUUAUUAUCAUUAUUGUUUAUUUUAUAUAAGGCUGUAAUAAACUCCUCUUAAGUUAGCAAGUUAAUGUACGUAUGAUUUCCUGAACAGAGGCGUGAGGAUGUAAUAAACUGACUGGCAAGAAUCACUUGUACAGCCAUUUCAGACAAAGUUAAAGCAAAGACAUGACUGUUGGAUUGGAAAUUUCCGAUCCAUGAAUUAUGUUGGUAUUGGAACCCGAUACUGGAUCGGAUCGGCCCCACCCCUAUUCAAUAAGUGGUUCAGAUUUCUCUCUAUGAAAAUAUCUGAAUUCAUAAAAAACGUAGACCCUUAUGAAUCUCUCACUGACCUUUAUAUCAUCCUCUAUAACCAUGAUAUGCUAAACAAAUAAGUGUAUGAGUUCUUAUUUAUGUCCUCUUGUCACUGAUUAAAACAACAGAGAGCAGCUGCCCCUCAACUGUGUUGUAUGUUUUCCCUAUUCGCUAACAGAAGUUGACGAGAUAAUCAUGAGUUGUUGACAAUAAGGAAUCAGGCAUUGUAAAGCUUAUUUUCACUAAAUAAAGAAAUGAAGGGAACUAUUUUAAGUGUUCUUCUAUAUAACAGUUUCCUAAUUAAUGACGAAACAGUCAAAAACUAAACAAAACUCAAAGAUUCCUCCAUCCAAACAAUAUUUUUUCAUUUCUUUAAAAAUGCCCUUACCAUACCUCACACCUGAAAUAAGAAGUGAUCGUGGGAUUUUAAAGAACAUAAUAUUAACCAUCAAGGCCGUCUUCUCCACUCAUCAAGAUGCACGAGGGAAGAAAAUUGAAGGGCGGAGAGUAGCGAGUAGUGGCUCAUUCUCCAGUGUUUCCCUGUGUGCAGUGAGAUCUGUUUAGUUUACAGUUCAUGUGACAGGGAUAAUAAACAUUUUAAAGGAAGAGCAUAAAAUCCUUUUUCACGGAUGGCCAUACAGUCAAAUUAAGCUUCCUGAUUCAUCGAGCAAAGUUACACUCAGUUAAAGAAAAGAGUGUUGCUGUCUGUGGUAAAUUAUCUUUUACUGAUAUCAUUCAGUAAUAUUGAGAGGAUCCUUUAUCGCCACAGUUUGUACCUUUCAACUUUGUCAGGAUAUUCAGUUCAAGCUAACUGAUCGCAGGAAAAAGCCUUUAGCUAAAACACUGCAGUUCAGUGGUUCAGCUCGGUGGCUUGACCCGUGCAAUGCAGACUAGCUGCUCUUAUCCAUAUACUGCUCUUACCUCUUGUGUAAUAAGGAUGCAGGAAUAAAGGUUCUCAUGAACAAUGAAAGUUGUGUAGCGUUUGUAGCGUGAACAGCUGAAGCAUUUCACUGUGAUGUGACACUUUUUAUUAUCACACGGAGACAAUGACAAAGAAAGCAUUGUUGCUCCUCCAAACAAAACACAGAAGAAGCUCUUUUCAUCAAAGAGAUGCAGCGGCCUUGGAGUCAGCUGGGUUGCCAUGAUGACGGACGUAAACACAAGCCUUCGCCUCACACUCACACUUCACAUUUCCAUCAGAAGUGUCUGUAAACACAUUCACAAUAGCAGCAGUAUGCAUUUUUUAGCAAGUGACCUCACAUGAAUGUUGAGCCUGUUUGGCCGGAGCUUUGAGCUGCACAUCAGGACCAUGGUCAGCGCCCUUCCCGGACAUUAGCUGCUGUUCUUUCAGCGACCACUUGAUAGUUACACACAGUGUUGACCAGCGGUGGAAAUAGCCAGCUUAUCAGCAAGUCCAGCUCCAUUUCCACUCUGUAGUAGAAGUAGCUCUGAAAGUUUUACACAGCACCUCAGUUUGUAAUGGAUCCUGAAUCCAAAUCACUUCUUAUGUGCCAACCGCUUGCCAGUGUAUUGGCUCGCUGCAGCUCUAAAUGAUUGGCUAAACUGGUCAAAUAUUGCAUGCUGACUGUGAAUUAAAUUCUUUCUUGUUUCAGUCAUCACCUUUUAGGAAACCUUUGCCGCGUUUUCUCAAUUGAUUCAUCUCAUGAUUUAUCUUUUAUUGUUUCUUCUUGAAAGUCUUGUAUUUUUAGAAAAUCUCUCUGUCCCUCUUUUUCUUGCUCCCCCUUUUUUUUUCAACCUUGUGUGAGACAUCAAAAGUCCACCAUCAUGUGUUCUCCUGACCACCAUGCUCUUGUUAUGAGCCAUCAUGCUGUUGCCGUGCGCUGACAUGGCUCAUUAUUGCCACUAAGACAGGUUGAAAUGGCUCUUUGGUUGCUGGUCGCUCUGUUUUAACCUCUUUCUCUGUGGUCUGCUUGCUCUAGACUCAACCAUUAGUAUUUGUCUUCUACCUCUCUCUCUUUCUCCUAUAUAUAUAUAAAUACAGUAUUUCUGUCUAUCCUGUAAUCACCCUCCUCUGUGUCAUCACCCUUGUCCCCAUCUGUCUUGCUUUUUUCCCUCUAAUCCUAUUCCUUCCUCCUUAUGCUCCCUUUUCCCAUAUCUCGCCAUCUCACCUUUCACACCCCCUGCACACUCCCCUCCUUCCCCUCAUCCCUCAUCUCGAUUUUUUUUUCCCACCCCGCCGCAGGAUCUCAUCAGGCGGCGGCGCUUUCAACUUAAAAAGACCAGCACCUGUUUGGUGUGGCGGCGCACUUCAAAGAUUGGAUGUAAUGCUAAAAUGGCGGUUGGUGUGGAGCCUGAUGAGAACAAUGCGGUGUGAAAAAAAACACAGCUCCAGAUGGCGCUUUCUCUAGGUGGCCCGCUUCCUCCCACUGGGCAUGUGCCGACUCUGCGAAAGGGGUGUUGUUGUCACCUGUGUCCCUGCUACUUCACCUGGGGGGAGAGGGGGAAGAAAAGCAGGGGGGAGGCCUAUUUUUAUCUGCAUCAUAUUGCUAAGGAAAAAUAUGAGCGAGGAAAAGUAAGAGAGGAGAGGAAACAGCUUUUCCUCGAGUAUGAAUCAUUCAGGUUUUACUGCAGAUCGAACGACAGCAGCAUGUUCUGAACCGAGACAUGUUCCUCUAUUUCUGGAGAUACACAUUGGCUGCUGUCACAGGUAGCCACUGUAUCUCCAGAUUGGGUUUAAACGAAUGAUAAAAUGUUGUAAGCCACAUUAUCAGUAUUACAGUCUUAUCGGUUUCAUCAUUUGGACUCAUAAACGUCAGAAAACAGUAACAUCACAAUUUCAGAAAGCCUCAGGUGACAGGGGUCUGCCAAACAGGCGAGAAACAAUUUCAAAUCACCAUCAGGAGUGACAAAAAAAACUCCCCAUCACACAAAACUGUGAAAUUAGCAAGAUAUUUUUAACAAUAGAAUAGAUGCUAAUGAUUUUAGACAAAUUAGUUACUCAGAUAAAAUAUUUUAAAUAUCAAAUAUACAUUUAUCACGAAAUAAACAUCAGCAUUUUUGAAAACUAAUUUUUCCAUCUCCACACCUGACAUACCACAACCCUUCUCAUAUCACCAACCUAUUCAGGAUCAAUAAUCAGGUCACCACCUGUUCACUAUACAUUAUCCUGCUCAUUACUCAGCUCAAGACAUAAUAAAGUUGUCAAGAAUAUUGAUUUGAAGAUGAUUUUAUUGCUUGUUAGUAAUUUAUGAAUCAGGCUGAAAUGAACAGUGAUGUGUCUCUAUAACGCACAAAAGCAAACGAGAGCACUGGAAACGAAACUGAUGAUUCCUAUGCUGCAUUUUUUAAUUCCUUCACAUGCAGUGGGGGAGUAGUAGGGAUGGUCGAUAUGGGCUAAAAAAUUUAUCACGAUAAGGUUUGCCAUUCUGGCGAUAACGAUUUAAGUCCCGAUAAAAAAUAUUAUUAUUCUGCUCCACUUUUUCCGUUCAGAGACAAGAGAGAUUUCUUUAGACAUACAAAUCUCUGCAUAAUGUACAAUCUGUAAUCAUUGGUACUAGGGCUGGGCAAUAUGGCCUCAAAUCAGUAUCACGAUAUAUAACGAUAAAUGGGCAAUAACUACUCCACAAACUGCUCACCCCCUCUCACAUUAACUUCAGUCGCCGUUCCAGCUGCUACAACUUUUGAACCGUCGUCCAUCUCCUCACCUGUCUUUCCCUCUUUGUUACGGACUGGAUGGGAUGGAGUCACAUCUCUGGCGUUGGACAGCGUCUUAAAGGGACAUGAGACCAUAGCCUACUUACACACAUCCAAAACCAACUUUUGAUUUAUUUAUUUAUUCUUUUGACACCGAAUAUACUGAUACAGGCAAAGUGACGUUGGUUAUUGUCGUAAAUUUUGAUAUCUGUAAAUUUUUGGUUUAUCGCCCAGCCCAAAUCGGUACUCCAUUUCCUUUCCCUCUUCCCUCUGGCUAUGAUUUCAUAUAUAUACUUCAACACUGGUGUAAAAAAAUUAAAAACUAGGAGUCAGUGUGUACAUUUUCCUACUGAUUUCUCUACAUUAUUUUCUUGAAUAUUUCAUCACUUCCCUUUCUGCACUUUUUUUCAGUCUACAAAUACACGACUGUAACUGCUCUGUUAUUAUCUUUUUCUCUAUCCAUGUCCAGCUUUUAUGCCUUUUUAUGUCCCUUUUCUCACAUUUUCUCAUCUCUGAAAAAAGUUGUGAUAAUUAGCUGGUUUGGAGAAGAGGGGAACUUUACUUGAAGUGAGGAAGUAAUAAGCCCAAAAUAACUGUGUAAUUUUCCUCUAAAAGGAGCCAUAUUGCUGAUAUUUCCCCUCUUGGCAGGCCAGAGAUAUUUGAUCAGAUUAAUAGUUUGGAUUAUGGACAGAGCAGAGAUUUUUCACCCUUGACAAUGAGUCAGCAAGCUUAAAGAGGAUUAAACGCAUCUGCAUGUUUACAAGCUUCUGUUUCUGACAUAUUUGAUAAAACAAGAACACAAAAGCUCCAUGCAGACAAUCCUCCUCAACACAUGGAGCCAAUAUUUGACGCUUUAAUGACCUUCUAUCAGCUGUAAAUCUCAUCAGGACUGAUUUUUUUUUCUAAUUAGGCACUAAUUCCCAGAGUCUGUCUUGUUACGGUAUAGUGAAGGUCUUGUGGAGUUAAUUUGCUAAUUGUGAGCUUAUUUUUAGAGCGGUCAUCUCGAGAAUCUGCGCUUCCUGGCUUGUCGUAACAAGAGUCAUCCCCCUCCCACUCUCUCCCUCAUUACCAGCCCUGUUGACCUUUCCUCUCCAAGCUCGUUUCCCAGCCAUACUGUGGAGCCAUCGAUCGGUUGAUUCAUUUAACAGGGAUUAGGGGUUUGCCCUGCUUUUCUCCCCAGGUUCUCCUGUGGCAGUCUUAAUAAGGAUAAGAUGUUGUAGACUUGAGAUAAUGACAGACAGAGAAGACUCAGGAGGAUAUAUAAAAAAAAAUGUACACGUUUCAGUGCACAUGUCCCAUUGUUUGACAAGAAGCUUCACUUUAUGCGCUUGUGACACACCUCACUUCCAGAUAACUGGAGUUUUAGAGGACGUUUCACAGGGGGUGUUAUUAAAUUUUCAAAGGGAAGCAGACAGGGAAAUAAAGCCUUUAAACUAGGAGACAAAAGGAAACACUUAAAUCAUGUCCAACACUUGUGUCUCUUUAUUUUUGACAGGCUAGCAGCAUGGCUCCACGAUUCAUCAAGCGUGUGACAUGGGAGCCUGACAUGGGCUUGACUUCUUUUCGGUUGAAAAUGUGAAGCUUUUUGCACAGAUUUAACCAGUUUGGACGGCGUUUAUAGUCUAUUUCAGUGAGCGAUGAAGUGAGGAAUCAGAUUUAAAUCAGACUGAAGCGUUGCUACAAAUAUCAAUACUUUUAGAGGAGCUGCAGUCUGAGGUGAUAACCCUAUCAAAGAGAGAAAGACACGUGUUUGCCGUCUCAAAUCCACACACACGCUAAAGACAGCUGGUCAUGUGUUUUGAAUGAUGUGCCAGGCUGUGGACAGAGGUGUAUCAUAGACGCAGCAGGCGGUAAAUGAGCUGCUCUACAUUUUUAUGAAUUUUCAGCCUCCCAACGUUCGGUUUUGACGUGACGCUCCGUCAAGGUCAGCUUGUAAACCCUUUUCAGAGCCAAUCUUUGUCCCGCUUUGUGAGAUUGCCUGUUGACUCUAUUUCCAAUUCUAUGGCUGUCCAACUGCGGUGCCAAUCUGUGAUUUUCCACAUUAUUGGAGAAGAAGAAAAGGGGGCUGUUAUUGGUCUAUUUGCAGGAGCUGAUUACGGUGGAGGUGCGCAUGUGGGGGUUCCAGCAGAUUACCCUGGAGGGCAGGAGUUUAGCUCAUGGCCUUCAGGUCAAGAAACAGGAAGAGAUAAGAGUCAUUCAGGUCUUUGUCCAGAGCCCUGAGGGGAAAAAGGAAGGAAAUCAAUUAUUUUCUUCAUAUUCUCAAGUCUUCACCACAGUGCGACGGUUAUUUCUUUGGCUUGAAAUGCUGCAGCUGACACUUGUUUAUACACCUGACAUGAUUCACUUUUUACAGGAUAAUUUUAGAAUAUAAAAAUAGUAGUCUUCCACUCUCUUCUGAGUUUCCUGCUCAAUUCACCGUCCUAUCUUUAGAAGGAUACAUUAACAGCUCAAAAUUAGAUUUGGAAGUUUGUUUCCUAAAAUCAAGUUUUUAAAGCCUUACCUCCACACAGUAAUACUAUCUAUCUUAAUAUGUUUGUAUUUCAGUCGACAUUCAGUCUACUGUCAUAAAAGUUGAAGAAAAGGAAAAAAUCUUUAUAUUUUAUAUAUUUUAUAUUUUUAAGCUUUUCGUUUUUCUUCAGUCCUCCUCUUAUUGCUGCUUUACUUUCCAUUAAUGCACUCCUUUUUUUUAAACAUAAUAUUUAAUUUUAUUUUCAUGUGCCGCAGAGUAAAAUAAUUCAUUUUCUGAUCAAACAUAAAUCACGCUAACACAUACACAUAAAUUCAGGCCAAAAGUAAGAGAAAGUAAAAGAAAAAUAAAUAAUCAGUGCAUACAUAAAUAAAUAAAUAACACCCAGAGUGUUUUUUUUUUUUUUUCCAUUUUCUGGUUCUUAUCUAAAUGCAUACUAUAAAAAAAAUGGUGUCCUACUAAUUAAAAGUAACUGCACAAAUAAAUUCAUCAGCACAGCCCUGUCCACAUAAAUACUCAUGUUCAGUUGAACUACAGUUCACACAUUCAACAUCUCCAAUCAAUUCUCUUCUCCCCCUAAAAAAAGAGGGCAAAUAAAUAAAUGAGGAAAGAUAGGGCGUCAUAUAUCAGUUUACAAAGUUCUGAUCUUAAUUCAAAACUAGCACCCAAGUACAAAUAUAUACAAAAGUACACAUGCAUAUACACACACGCAUCGGCGUGUGUACCAACCCAUAAAAGCAUGUCUGCAUGUAUGUACAUAUGAAACUUUUUUUUUUGUAUUUAACGUAUUUCUAACUCAGAGCAGACUGUAUGAUUUUCUGCUUUCCUGGUUGUACCGACUCACAGAGCACAUAAUGUUUUGUCGGGUUGUGUCAGCAGGAAGUGAACAGCUGAUCACAGUGUCCAUCUGUAACCCUUCUGUCUUCCUGUCCCAGGCUGUCCCUGCUUGAGGAGUGGCGUGGCGUUCGUGAUGAGGCGCUGUCGAAGCUCAGUGGGAUUAAGGAUUGUAUCUUCGUCCAUGCCUCUGGGUUUAUUGGCGGGAACAAGACGCAGGAAGGAGCCCUGGAGAUGGCCCGCAGGACCCUGCAGGCCGCCGCCCAGUCCCCUGCUAACGGGAGCAGCUGA